UCACUCUCUCUCUCUAAAAUUCUCUCAAUCUCACUCUCUCUCUCUCUCUAAAAUUCUCCCAAUCAUACGGAUUCAGAUUUUGGGGGUAAGUUAAUGUAGAAAAUCGGUGAGUUCUUCAAGUUUCUACUGUGGCUGAGUUCAUCAAGUUUCUACGGAUUCAGAUUUUGGGGAUAUGCCGAAGCCCAAGCGUUACGAGAACGUACAGAACUCAGUUCACUCAGCAUCUACUUCACGAGGUGCAGCACAAUCUUCAUCAACAACUGAAUCAGAACCUUCACAUUUUCAUGAUACGCCAUUACCUCAUCAACAACUGAAUCAGAAUCUUCGACAACAACAGCUGACUUCAUUUCUUCAACCGAUACCACGGCAGACUCCUUCAUUUCAGGCUUCAGCACAGCCAACUCCAUCAGUUCGGACCACAACGCAGCCGAUUCCAUCAGGUCAAACCACAACGCAGCCGAUUCCAUCAAUUCAAACUGCGUCACAGUCGAAACCACCUAAAAAGUCUAGUGGACGUGCGUCUAUGUCACAUUGGACGGUAGAUGCAAUAGAUUCACAAGGAGCUAUCAAGAAACUCAAAGUGAAGAAAACGUACGUGUUCAAUAUAUCUAAUGGAGAUCGUAUUGUGGUUGAUUUUGACGACUUAGAUUCUCCUAUUGGCGAAGGACAAGGCAUUCUUGCAGGUUUUUGUGGAAUUUUAGCAAAAGACAGCUCCAUAUUUCCAAUUCACUUUGAAAAAUGGUCGGAUUUACCUGCAGCAUACUUCAACAAUUGCUUUGAUCAAUUUAUAAAGGUAUAGGCUAUAAAUUGAUGACCCACUUAAAAGCAGAGAUCAGAUAAGAGCUGAGGCAAUUAAUAAAGUUCCAGAUGGGAUUCCACGGGAUCAAUGGAUUUCUUAUGUUGAUUACCGCCUUAAAGAAAAAACAAGGGUAUUUAUUUAAAUGUUUCAAUUGGUAUGUGUAAUUAUAUGGCUAUUUGUUUUUAUAUCUUAACUUUUGAGUAUCUUUUUGUAAGGAAAUGUGCAAAAGAAAUGCUGAAAUUCGGAAGACACAAACCAUUUCACACAUCGGUGGCUCCAAACCCAACUCCAGAAGAAGGGCUGAAAUGGUUAAUGUUUUUGCUUCAUUUUGGAUUACUUGAGUGAAACUAGAAUUUUUUCCAAGUUAGUUAAGUUAUUGUGGCUUUGAUUUUUCUAUUUAUAGAUGGCUAACAGCGGACAAAAUCCUGGACGAGGUCAACUUUAUCUUGCUACUCAUAGGAAUGAAGAUGGAUCAUAUGUUAAUG